AAUAUCUACAAUUCGAAAUUCGCGGUUGCUCUCGCGUCUCUAGUACCACAAACAGACAACAGAGAGCGGCAGCAUGAAGGUCAAUCUGGAUUUGAAAAAAAUGGUGGCUUUGCUGCUGGCCAUCAUAACUGUCUCGCUGAUCUCCACCAUCCUGAUGGGCAAGAGCAUACACACACAGAGUUUCGACACAACCGUAGCUGACACCGAGAACACCGAAAACAUUAUGGUGGGCCAAAUGGUCCUGGAUGAACUGAAUGUGUGGUUCGACUUACCCUUGCAGGGGGGCCCGCGGAAGGACUGGCACGAUCGGGCGGUCAUGCAGGCGGAUAGUUUAAAAACUGGCCUGGGCGAGCAAGGGUUGCGCAUCGCCAUCAAAGAUACCAAAGAGUACGAAGAAAUGAUUGCGAUGAGCAUAAAAAAGGGCUUCAAUUCUUUGCUCUCCGAUAAGAUAUCCGUGAAUCGUACGAUCGCGGACACGCGUCCGUUGAGGUGCAAGUCCCGCAAGUACUUGGUCAAAUUGCCCAAUGUAUCCGUCAUCAUGGUAUUCCACAAUACGCACUUGAGUGUCCUGCUACGGGCCAUCCAUAGCAUCAUCAAUCGCACUCCACACGAACUGCUGCAUGAAGUUAUACUCGUAGAUGAUGGUAGCACCGCUCAGGAACUACAAGAACAGCUGGACAAAUACGUUAACGAGCACUUUGGAUCGAAAGUAUCCAUUAUAAGACAAAAAAAACGGACUGGCAUGCCUGCAGCACGCGUGGCGGGAGUCAAUUCGGCCAACGGAACCGUUAUGGUCUUCUGUGACGCCUCCAUUGAGGUCAUCUACAAUUGGCUGCCUCCCUUGCUGGAACCCAUGACACUGCAUUACAAGAUCGUCACCAGUCCUAUUCUGGAUGAAAUCGAUAAUACGGACUUUUCUUUUAAAUGGAGCGAUCCGUUGCUGUGGCGCGGUGGCUUCGACUGGCACUUCAACUUCAAUAAGCUGCCUGUCCUGCAGGAGGACAUCAAAGGCGAGUCACAGCCUUAUCGCAAUCCCGUGAUGGAGGGCACAGUCUUUGCCAUCGACAGAAAGUACUUCUUGGAGCUGGGCGGCUACGAUGAGGGGCUGGACGCAUCGGGUGGCGAGCAGUACGAGAUGAGCUUCAAGAUCUGGAUGUGCGGUGGCAUGCUGCUUCAGGUUCCCUGCUCCCGAGUGGGGCACAUAGCCAUAGACCCCAAGGACGCCCAGGACCCAACUUGGCAAAAAGGUGAACUCUUAGAAUCUACCAAAGGAGAGUACGAUACAUUGACGCGGAACUACAAGCGUGUGGCCGAGGUCUGGAUGGAUGGGUACAAGCACUAUUUGUACUUGCGAGAUCCCUACAAAUACCACAUCAAUGCCGGGAAUGUGACACGUCAGAAGAAUAUUCGUGAGAGUCUCCAGUGUAAUAGUUUUGAUUGGUAUUUGCAUCAAGUGGCACCCGAUUUCCUGAAGCGAUUCCCGCUGGUGGAACCACGCGGCUACGGGUCGGGGGCAAUCCAGAAUGUGGCUUAUCCCGGCUUGUGUAUCGACGCCUUGGCCGAGGGCUUCAGAAAGCCCGUGGGCCUGGGACAGUGUAGUGCAAAUCUUACCCAUCCACCGCCGACACAGUUCUGGAGGCUGACAAAUGAUCUAGAGAUCGUUUCCGGGAUUGAUUUGAACUGCCUGCAGAUGCGUGGCACGACGCUAAACGCCACUGUGUGGCUGAACCGCUGCACUAAAGGGGACAAUCAGAUUUGGAGUUACAGUAUUAACAGAAAGUGGAUUCAGCAGAGCAGCAGCUUGAAUCGCUGCCUGGAGGCCUUUGUGGAUGGAAAAAAGGCCGUCGUUCGCGUCAAUCAUUGCUAUCCGGAGAGCCCGAGCCAGCGUUGGGUAAUCGGUUGGACUAAUAUGUAUUUGAGUGCCAAGUUUCGUCUGAAUAGUACCAGUGAGAUGAAACGAAGGUUUGGCUAUCCAGCUUAAAAUUCAAAAAUGAUAACAAUAAACUGCCUAUCGACACCUACUUAUUGACACCA